AGGUUGUGGAGAGCACCUUGUCCGAACUAUACUGGCCAGAGAAUGUUCAUGUGCUUUGCAAACGGAAGAUGCCCACCAAGCUCUCUUAGAGACUAUGCAAAAUAAGUUUAUUGGUUCACCUUUUCUAGCCAAUGAAGACGGUGUCCUCGGAGGUGUGAUAGUUCUUCGGUCUUGCAGGUGUUCAGCAGAGCCUGAAUCAUCACAGGAAAAACCAACUUUAUUAGUGGAAUUUCUGUGGAGCCAUACAACAGAGAGCAUGUGUGUAGGAUAUAUGUCUGCACAGGAUGGCAAAGCAAAGACUCACAUUUCAAGACUUCCUCCUGGAGCGGUGGCAGGACAGUCCGUGGCAAUAGAAGGAGGAGUUUGCCGACUGGAGAGUCCAGAAAGCUGAACGGCUGAUUCCUCACUUCAUUGCAAAGAAUGUGAAUGACUUUUUGUACAAUAAGCGGUUUUUUUGUGUUUUAACAGAUGUUAGGAAUUCUGCUCUUGUUUUAUACCCUGUCUUGCAACCAUGUGCACCAUAACUUGAGACAAGUGCUGCUGUAGUUUAUGUUCUCACUCUGUGAAUGGGGGCGUGUGCAUGUUCACUUUUUUCCUAAUAAAACAGGAACUCUUCCCAGUUGUGUGAAGAUUAUGUAUGAUUAACAAUUGAGUUUUCAUUGUUUUGCGUUCGCAAAAUAACUGAAAGUUUUAAAAAAAUUAAUUUAAAGAUAUGGUCACAAUUGUCAUUCAUGUUCUAAAUUUAAAAGUAACCGGCCUUUGAAUGGCUAUAUAAUUAUGCAAAAAUAUUAUGGUUUGUAAGUUUCUUAGUGGUUUAAGGAAAUCCAGAGGUGGUUUAAACAUGGAUUGGUUUUUUCCCUCCCCAAUAAGGAGGAUAUUUUUUUUUGUCAAAGAAUGGUUUCAGUGAAACAAACUAGAGCAAAAUUAAGGCUAAAAUUGUUUUUAAAUAGUCUUAUAGGUCAUAUCUCUGUUUCCAAACUAAGAUGUUAAUAGCUUCAAGCUGUAUGUAUUUCAAAAAGCUAUAUGAAGAUAAUGUAUCGUAAUGCAGUCUUUAUGUAUAAUGGAAUAUUACAAUGUAAAUAGGAAAACAAAGUUUAUGGAAAGAUUCGAUAUUAUUCUUCGCUUCUGUUUUAAAUCUAUUUUUGAGAGGUACAGAAAUGAACAUAUUACUGGAUGCGAAGUGCAAUGUGUAUUAAAUGGAUGUUGGGAGGUCUGAUACUAGCUUUCUUAGUGAUAAAGCAACUUCCUAAAAUCCAGCCACAGCAUGGGUAUUUAUAUAACUGUGUGUAAUAUGUAUGUACUGUGCAUAAAUUUACAAUAAUUCUUUUUAUACUUGCAACAAAACUGCAUUAUAAAACAAUGUAAUCCUUGUCUGCCUUGUGAAGCAUUGACAGCUGAUCUGUUGGCAUCACCAGUUCUGAGACGUUGGCCAGAUCGCCCGAGUCUUAAAAGUACGUUCUGACAUACAAUCUUCCAUUCAGUACUUUUUUCUUCACAGCACUGGCAGCAAUAGAAGACUUUUGUAAUUAAUUCAUUGUCCUGAUAAGUAUGCCAAAGAGAAACUGAAAUAGUUCAUCUUUUUCCCUGGUGGAUAUUUGAUAAUUCUGUUUUCAGAAAUAGUGGAUGAAUAGAUAUUCAGACUGUAUUCGCUUAAUCGGGCAUUGUACUUGCCUGUUUUGUAAUGUUGUGCCUGCCUAUAACACACAUACUUGACUGAUUAAAUGGUUACAUUGAUUGUAGUAAGAAUCUUUCAUGGAAAAAAAAAAAACCUUAAUAAAAUUUUUUUAAUAGCCUGAGUUAAUUUUCACUGAUAUCUUACAGCAUACAUUGAGAUA